ACUUCAACACACAGCCUAUUUUGGUUCAGUUGAGGAAGGAUUCUGUCCUUUGUUCUUGUUGAUUUCGGUGGUCUCUACAAAGUUCGAUAUUUAUAGAAGCAAAUCCUCAACAACUACAUGUACUCUGAACUAUUAAAACUAAACUAAAAAUAUGCUAAAUCCUGCAUUGCGUUUAACUCCAAAGGAACAUCAUAUUGUACUCAAGCAGUAAUCAACAGUCAAUUAAUUCCACCUGUGUUCAUUCUCAAGCCAUAUGGGAGUCCAUGUAGGAAACAAUUCUCCUGACCAAUGGGAAAUGCGCCUGCUCUCUGGAGGACUGCAGCACAAGGCUGGUGGUUGAAGUGUUGCUGAACAGGAAGUUGCUGAGUAGAAUUGAGAGAGCUCCAACAGACAUGAGGGUCUUUUGUCAGGUUCUUGUCUUGCUUUUCUUAGCAGGCUUAUGCUCACUCGGGAAAGCUCAAGUUCACGCAGUCGUCAGCAGACCAAUCCCAGGAACUCUGCAGAAUGUCAGUAAGAAUGACACUGGGGUACAGAAGGCCGUCCUGACCGGAACCUACUCAUUUAACAAUAAGUCUAACGAUGCUUUUCUGUUCAAAGCGUCGUCUGUUGAUGAUGCAAAGAGACAGGUAGUCAAAGGCAUCCGCUACAUUCUGGAAGUGAAGAUCUCACGGACUGUGUGUAGGAAGACGGCCAACAACAAUGAUCUCACCAAGUGUCCCUUUCAGACAGAUAGUCUGUUACGGCAGACAUUCCUCUGUCAUUUUGACAUAUGGUCCAUUCCAUGGCUGAAGACAAUGUCGACUACAUAUUUUAAGUGUCAUUCUUCUGAUAAGUUCUGAAAUGUCUUUUUCAUCAAAAUGUUUUUCAAUGGAUCACUCUGAAACUUCCUGCUAAGUUAAUGAAUAUGACAAUAAAAUGAGACACAGUGAACAGAA